UACGCAUAUUGUACAAGGGAGGCUGCUAGAGGGUUUAUUCAAACAUUUCUCCCGUGCUCCCCAGACGCCUGGUCCGUUCGCCGUAGUACAGACCCCAAGAUUGGUCGCCUACCGGUCAACCGUGAGCAACUUGCGCAGAUACUUGGCACCAAUAACGACCCAGGCAUAAAAGCUUUCCAGACACGCAACCAUGCUUUUGUCCUAUUACGCUUGUGGGGGGGGAUUACACGCAGUUAUUCGACAGCAGAAGCCAAAGACUCCCUUAUGUACUCGAGUCAAAGUCUCCAAUCAAGGAACGAACUGGCGUCUAUCGGUUUGAAAUUGCCGCGGGACACCUGUAUUACCCACGCUCCUCGUCGGUGAAUGUGAAGCCGAUAACGAUGGCGCGGAAAGACUUCAAGAACAGAGACGAGUUCAGGACGGAAAUCGAGAAUAUCAAACAGAUAUUCUUUACGCUGCGAAAGUCCGAGAACAUCCUCGAGGCGUUCGACGGUCUUCAACUGGGCGACAGCCAGUUUAGUUUGUUCAUGCCCUAUUCGCAAUGGGACCUUGGGGUAUGGAUGGAGAAGCACCCCUUUCCCGUCAACACGCCUACCGAGAAAGCAAAUAUCUUGAGAAGCGCAACGAGCCUGGCGGAUGGUUUGGAGUUCCUGCACUCCGGGAUGACAGACCGCAACCACAGGCGCAUAAUUUGCUAUCACAGGAACUUCAAGCCAGGAAACAUCCUCGUCUUUCCCGACGACAGAGACAGCAGCCAGUUCAUAUGGAAGAUCUGCGACUUCGGCAUAUCCAGCAUCAAGUCGCUGCGCCCGCAUACCGAAACGGACGGCACAGACAGCAAUUCUUCUUCGUUCCAAAGCGACGUGAAUGCGAUGAAUCCUCGGGUUGACAGCACUUACCUGGGACCUGAAUCCAUGAAGAAUAUGUCGAUAAUGACCGAAAAGAACGAUAUUUGGUCUUUGGGGUGUAUCAUAAGCGUUGUUCUCACGUACCUCGAACUAGGGUGGAUGGGCGUCGGGGACUAUUCGAAAGAGUGAGCGAACCAUUCCGAGACCAAUAAAGCAGGGAAUAUGGGUCGGUUCUUCAUACCUGGCCCAAAGGUACUUGGGAAAACUAUGAAGAAAAACACCUACCGAGUCUUUAUCGCUGCGCGCUAGGUAGCUAACAACCCAUUCCGCAUAGAUCUAUGGAUGGAUAGAAGUAGCUACAGGUGCCAUCAAGUUAACUUUCUUUGCCAUUAUUUUCAUUGCAUUGAUUCUGUUCUCCAG